CCACUCGCGCGGCGGCGCUGUCGGAGGCUGCGAGCCCGAUGACGUCACGGCCCCUGCCGCUCACUCGCUCGUGAGGACCCGAGUGUCUGGAAAUAAACCGAAAAUAUAAACACUUACGAUUAAAAACAUACUAAACUAGCUGCCGGAGGCAUGGCGACGACGUUUGAGCAGAUGAGAGCGAACGUCGGCAAACUUCUGCGCGGCAUCGACAGGUAUAACCCGGAGAAUCUGUCCACGCUGGAGCGGUACGUGGACACUCAGGCCAGAGAAAACACCUACGACCUGGAGGCCAACCUGGGCGUGCUCAAACUGUACCAGUUCAACCCGGCGUACUUCCAGACCACCGUCACGGCUCAGAUCCUGCUCAAAGCGCUCACCAACCUGCCGCACACAGACUUCACUCUCUGCAAGUGUAUGAUCGACCAGACCCACGUAUCCUUUACAGUGCGCUUCCUGACUGUCCUCAACACACUGGAGUGAAGAUGUUCGGCAUCAUUACUCCU